CAGGCAUUCACAGCAUUCGAUCACAACCCUCGCCAGGUCCACUAGCUAGCUACUCGAGGAAAAAAUCACAAGAGCCGACGCACGCACAAUCCUCGGUCGGGAGCACAUGAAGGUGUAUGUAAUUUAUCAGGUGUAAGAUUCACUCACAAACCACAUGCAUUCAUUGGACACAAAAACUGCCUCGCGAAAAGACAAGACGGCCUGUCUCGAAUACACUGACCGACCUGUGGAUCUGUCUGUCUGUCUAGCUGUCUAUCUAGACACGGCCUCCUCCGGUAUGACGCCAAGAGUGUAGUCGCAGUUGCCACUUAGUGACUUGAACAGGGCCUCGAAGUCUGUGGUCACCGCCCCCUCGCCCUCAGGCUUGGUCACGAUGUCCACGGAACGGUUCUUGGCGCUCUCACACACAAGACUCUGCACCAGGACCUGCACACACACAUCACACACGAGAAACAGACAGACAGACAGACAGACAGACGUAUGGUGGGUGAGUGAGGGAUCUAUCAGAUCUCUUCUGUCCUGGCUGCCUGGCCGGCUCACCUCGGCAACGUCCUCUCUUGGGAUGGUCCUCGACUCGAGCUUGAGAAGCGCGUCGUCGAUGUCCAUGAUGAUCUCGCGCUUGCCGCCGGCCUCGUCGAUGAGCCCGCCGGGGUGCACGAUGGUGUAGAUGAGGCCGCUGUCGAUUGCGUAUUUCUCGGCCUUCCUCUUCCACUGGAGGAUGUUGCCACCGCUGCCGUCAGCCUUCUUGCCCAGGUUAUUCAGCGGGUGGCUGGGAUUGGUGCCGCCCUGCAGUGCACACACAAGACAAACGCACAUAGCACAGAUCUCUGUAUGGGUCGCUUCGCUUCGUGUGUGUCCAUCCAUUCGCGACACAUGCAGUGCAUACCAUGGAUCCGCAGAUGAUCACGUGUUGGACGCCUGCAGCCUUGGCCGCGUCAAUCUGGUUCUUCUGCCCAUGCCAAUCGACAUCCACAGGGUCGCCUCGGGGGAACGUGAAGAUGGGCCUACCAGUCGCCUCGUCGGUCUCGCCAGACGGCUGCAGGCAGGCAGGAACCAGAGCAGACAAACAGCAAACACGGUUGUUCUCCACCAGAGAUGCUUAAUGGCAUGACAUGGAUGAUUCGAUUCGGUCGUCAGCUCCGCACCGCUGGUUUGGCUGAUGUGCAGAUGAUGAGUGCGGUGCACCCCUGCAUGCCUUGCUCCAGGGCUGACUUGUCCAUAAUGUCGCCCAUUGCCAAGUUCUCGUCUGACGCACCUGCACGCAGGAGCCAGACACCACACAGAGUAGCUAUCACUAUCACACACACACACGCGCCGCUGCAAGUGUGGGUGUGUGCUUACUACCAUCUUGUUUGAGCGCCUCAGCGGCGUCUUGCGAGCGCACCAGGCCGACGGGGGUGAAGCCAUCCCUCUUGAGAAGCUUCCUGAAGACGUAGCCACCCGUCUUGCCUGCAGACAGACACAGCACAACCGUGGAUGGAUGGAGGAUGCAUGGACAGGAAAUGAAUGUGCGUAGCUGAACACUCACCGCCUGCGCCCGUCACAAACACCUUUCUCGGCUGCGCACUCAUCACCAGUGGCGUCUUGAGGAAUGCCGCCUCGCCAACAAACACACUCAACAAGCUCAGGGGCCAGAAGAUUGGCAUUGGAUGGCGCUGCGGUUUCCGGAGGGGAUGCGCCCGCCCUUUCGUUGUGGGAAUGCUCACAGAGAGA